AUGACCCUUAAAAAUCCCAACUCCCGCCNCCGGAGACGGAGCCAGAGCUCGGAGCUGGUGCUCCAUGAGCAGCUCCAUGAUGGGGAGAAGCCCCACACGUGUGGGGAGUGUGGGAAGAGCUUCAGGUGGAACUCCAACCUGAUUGCGCACCAGAGGAUCCACACUGGGGAGAAGCCCUACGAGUGUAGGGAGUGUGGGAAGAGCUUUAGAGAGAGCUCCAGCCUGAUAAAUCAUCAGAGGAUCCACACUGGCGAAAGGCCAUACGAAUGCUCCAAGUGUGGGAUGUGCUUCAGCCGGAGCUCCAGCCUGAUCAGGCACCAGAGAACCCACACUGAGGACAGGCCCUAUGAGUGUUCCAAGUGUGGGAAGAGGUUUAAGACCAGCGCCCAUCUCCUCCUGCACUAUCUGAGUCACAGAGAGGAGAGGCCCUUCCAAUGCCCCGACUGUGGGAAGGGAUUCAAGGACAACUCCGCCCUCGUCAAGCACCGGCGCAUCCACACUGGGGAGAGGCCCUACGAGUGUGAUAAAUGCAGGAAGAGGUUUCCGACCAGCUCUGGUCUCCUCCAGCACUAUCGGAUUCACACAGAGGAGAGGCCCUUCCGCUGUUCCGACUGCGGGAAGGGAUUCAAGCGCAACUGCCACCUCAUCAGGCACCGGCGCAUCCACACUGGGGAGAGGCCCUACGAGUGUCCCCAGUGUGGGAAGACCUUCCCACAGAGCUCUACCUUGACCCGACACCAACGGAGGCACCGGUAAGGGAAGCCCUGCGAGUGCCCCCUGUGCGGGCAGAGCUUCGUGCGCUGCUCCAGCUCCAUCCCCCACUGGAGGAGGCACUUUGGGCACAGCCCUGGUCACUCACAUGCCCUGUGAUCCAUGUUGGGAACACACCUGGCUGCUUCGCCUUUUGAUUUGGCCUUAAUUUUCCUCUGCUUCACCUUCAUCCUUUAAAAAAACCCAAAACUGGGUUAAUUGAAGGAAAUUGAUUGAAUAUAUCUGAAGUUCCAUAAUUUCUCAGUUGUUUUAGGGGGAAUUUAAUAUUUGGGGACAUGUUCUGUAUGGAGUGCUGCUGUUGCUAAGAGGCAGGAAUUUGGUCUCACCCUUCUUGUGUUGCUAAGAACUCCUCCCCUGACCCCAACCCCAAUUCCACCCUUUGGAUAUCCUAUAAAAACUCCACGGCCCUGCCUGUGCCCUGUCUUUCGGGGGUAAGAAUGGAUUCCCAAAGGACCAGCCCUUUCUCACUGGAUUCCAAGUGGAUCAGCCUUUUUCACUGAAUUCCCAGAGGAUUCUGACUCUGUCACUGUUUCUUUUUGUUUGUAUUACUGCAUUUGUAUUUUUAUUUUUUCCUAAUAAAGUACUGAUUUUUCUCUUUCCA